CGCUCCGUUCUCCGCGGUAGACUGUAGCUAAACGGGAUAAAACUUGAGAAAGAUAUACAAAAGAUUUUUGUCAGACUUAAAUAUAGAUAUUCCAAGGACCACAAAACGAUACCGGAAUACCCAUAAUGAAGCACAGCGUGCGCCAGAUCAGUAUGGCAUCAGUGAAGAUAAAAGACGCCUCAAGCAUGCUGAUGGAGGCACAAACUCUUCAAAUGAGAGUGCAGGCAAAGAUGUAAUGGGUGAUUAUCAACUGGGGAGGCCAGCAGACCACACAGGAAUAGAUCAACACCAUGAAACGGUUGCUGUGGGGGACAAUAACACUAUUUCCUACAAUGAUGAGAAUACAGACUCAUCUGAUGAUGAAGAAGCCUCAGAUGAAGAUCUAAUGGCUGAACACCUGUCAAGUGGGCCAUCGGAUGAGGGGAGGAUCCACUGCAUGAAAUGGAACCGUUUUUUUUUUGGUCAUGCAGUAAUUGUUCCACUUAGGACAGACAAACUGAACUCACUGGUGUUUGGCUUAACUGUGACUUUUGGUGCUCUUCUAUUGCAGCAUGUUGAGGGAGGCACAGACGCUUCAGAUGAGAGUGCAGAUGAAGAUGUAAUGCACGAAGAACAGACUAACUCAGUUCCAUCUGACAACGAUACUCCAGAAGAUCCAACGGAGCAUGUUUUAGACCCAAACUUCAAUGAUGAAAAGAAGAUUUAUGCUGGUUCUUCAGUUACAAUGGGGGCUCUCCUCCUUCUUCUCUUGGCAUUCAUCCUGAAGCAUGGCCUGUCAAAAGCAGCGACCAAAGACCUCCUGGAGCUCCUAAACUUUGUGGUGCCUGGAUGUGUGCCAAAGUCAGUUUGGUUUUUAAAGCAACACUUUCUUGAUUACAAUGACAAGACAGAACUUCAUUUUUACUGUCCCAGCUGUUCAAACUACCUUGGUGUUGAACCAGCUAAUAAGUGUGGAGUGUGCCAGCAGAAAGGUCUACUUGAGAAGGCAUACUAUUUCCUUGUCAUGCCACUUAAGGUUCAGCUAAGAAAUACCCUGGCCCAUGUACAAUCAAAGCUACGGAAACAUUUCACAAGAGAUGCCUGUGUUUCUGAUAUCAACACUGGAACAGAAUACAGACGCGAGACACAGGGAGUACACACUGACCGUAUUACACUAACCUUCAAAGGUGACGGCUCCCCUGUGUUCAACUCCUCAAAGACUUCAAUUUGGCCCAUUCUGUGUACUAUCAAUGAACUUCCAUUUGUGGAUCGAUGUAAAAAUGUUCUAUUGCAUACAUUAUGGUUUGGCAAAGGAAAACCCCAGGUUCAAAGUUACUUCACCCCAUUCAUCCGUGAACUUCAAAAACUAGGGGACACAGGAUUCCGUUGGAAAGAUGAAACUGGGUCGGAACAUCACACCAAAGUAACAGCUAAAAUAUGUAUUUGUGAUGCAGUUGCAAGGGCAAUGGUGCAGAACUUUAAACAGUUCAAUGGAGAAUUUGGAUGUGGUUUUUGCUACCACAAAGGGGAGAUGGUACAAAAAGGCAGAGGUUUUACCAGAGUUUAUCCUGAACAGAUAGUUGGUUGCGACCUGAGACAUAUGGCUGAAACAGUGCAACUUGCUGAGUUAGUGGUGGAAAAUGGUAAUGACCAAUCUCAAAGGGCUGUUAAAGGUCCAAGUCCGCUGAUCCUGUUGCCAUCAUUUGACAUUAUCAAGGGGUUUAUUCCAGAUUACAUGCAUUGUUUUUGUCUGGGUGUACUCUGUCAGUUUGUCAAUCUUUGGUUUGACCCUCAUUAUGCCAACAAGAACUUCCACUUGACUCCCCGCCAGCUGAAUGAGCUAGACAAGGGUUUGUGUAAAAUUCAGCCACCAAAUGAAAUUAGAAGAAAUCCUAGGCGCUUAAGUGAGCGAAUAUAUUAGAAAGCUUCUGAGUGGAGGGCAUUUAUUCUCCUGUAAUACUUAGGAAUGUUUUACCGGGGCUGUACUAUACACACUGGAUGCUUCUUGUAUACGCACUUCACAUCCUCCUCUCCCAGUUUGCCACACAGGAUGAGCUCAAUUGUGCAGAGUUAUGUCUCAUUCAGUUUGUAGCCAAAGUGCCAGCUCUUUAUGGUCUCGAGCAUUGUUCACAUAACUGCCAUUUGUUGACGCAUCUUACCCAAAGUGCCAGGGACUGGGGUCUUCUAUGGACCAAUUCAGCAUUUGUUUUUGAAGACAUGAAUGGCAAACUCUUGCAGCUGUAUUCUGGCACACAGUUAGUUUCGUCACAGAUCUUUAAGCAUUUCUUUUCACAUCAGAAGGUUAUAAGAAAAGGAACUGCUGUACUUAAGGAUUCAAGCAGAGAAAUGCAUGAUUUUUUCUUUUUUAUGAAAAGUGGCAACAUUGUUACAAAGUCUUCAUGUUACAUUAGAGAACAUUUAAUGACUUUGGGGUGUGGCUCUCACAGACAGUUAACUGCCAGAGAAAUUGCUGCAUUGCAAAACAGUUCUACACUCACAGAGUACCAAAAUGAGAACAGUUCAACUGUAUAUAAGCGUUGCGUGUACAAUGGUAUGUUAGUCACCACCAGAGAUUACAGUGUCAAUUUCAAAAGAAAUAAUUCUGUAAUAGAAACAACUGAUUGCUUUGAUAUGGUAGAAUCCAUGGUUGUUGUACCAAAACACUGCAACUGUGAAAGAGGGUCUAACUGUUCUUGCAGAGAACUUCGUAUUUUCUAUAAGCAACUGAAGCGGGAACACAGACAACCAGCAAUCUAUGAUGCAGAUAUCAACACAAACAUUGCGAAAUUUCUUGUGAAAGUAAGGAUGUCAAAUGAAAUGUGUGUAAUGACAUGUGAGGACAUAGUAGCUAAGUGUAUUGCAGUUGAACAUGAGGGUCAGUUAUAUGUGAUGAAAAUGCCUGUGUUUGAGCAGAGUUAAAUUUAUGCAGGCUAAAAUUCAUCCACACAGUUGGGUUGAGGAAGACAAUGUAUAAAGGAUAUAAAUGUGUCUGUGUAUUUAUGUGUCUAUACUAAAAUUCAGCUAAACAGUU